GAUCUUGAGUUGAUAAACCCUUUUGAGACAAAAGUCGAAAAGUCGGUCAGUGAGUGAAGUGAAUGGCCCCUUGCAGUUGUGACUUUCCAAGGGACAAUAGAAGAGUUCAGUGUCUUGUUUUUCUUCAAUUUUCUCCGUGAAAAGCUACAUUUUUGGCCGAAUAAAUGUCAGGUGCAUGAAGAGGAACAACCUGAGAACACUGAGGAAGAAGAGAUGGUUUCCAUCGAAAGUGCUGGCCAGAAGUUGUCAUAUUGUGAAAUUGAAUCCCUGUGGCAGUUGUUCAAUGCUGGAUCUACAUCUAAUGACAAGAAGCAUGAGAUUGAGGCCAGACUGAGGCACUUUCAGCUUCAGGAGAAUGCCUGGCAGCAGUGUCUGCCGCAUUUGGGGGACUUUGGGGCUUCGGUGUGGUUCUUCAAUGCCUCGACGGUGGAAGUGGCAAUCUGUCGGAUGUGGGAGCAGCUUCCGGUGAGCGCGAGGAAUGCUAUAAGGGCAGGUUUGUGGAGUGUUUAUUUGAAGGUUGGAGGAGAUUUGAGGUUUCAGAGGAAUAAAUUGGCACAGUUGAUUGCUCUGAUGGGGAAGAGGGAGUUCCCCCAGGAGCAUCCUAGUUAUGUGAGUGAUGUGAUGAGUUUGCUGAAGGGAAAUUUCUUGCUGGGGAUUGUCCUUUUGAGGACAACUUCGGAGGAAGUGACCAGCACGAAGGAGGAUGUGACGAGUGAGAGAAAAAGACAAUUUCAGGGCUGUGUAGCUAUUUGUGUUCCGGAAAUAUUUCGUGUGUUGAAUAGAUUCCUCUCGGUGAGCCUGCACAGAAUGUCCCGGAAUGGUCAGGUCGGUCAGGUGUUCCUUGAUGUUGGAAGUGAGGUUAAAUUGGAUGAGUUUGAGAGGAAUUUUGAGAGUGCCAGUUUGGAAUUGCUCUCCUGCAUUCAGCAUUUGUUUUCGUGGAUUCCUCUUGAGCAUGUACUGGAUGAUUUCCUUCUGGGUGGGCUCUUUGAGCUGGCCAAGUGGAACGUCAGCCAUCCAGCCGUGUCGACCUCCACCUUGACCACCAUCUGUGAGCUCUUCUACCGCCAAACUGCCAUUCCGCAUGUUGCAAUCGCCACGGGAAUCAUGAAUCUGCUCCAGGACGAUCUCAGAGAUUCCUCCGAGAUGUACCAGGACAAAUUGACUGAACUCCUAAGACUUUUCACCACUCAGCAAGCCUCUAGGUGGAUUGCCGAUGACACAUUCCUCAAUCUCUUGUAUUCCCUCUACAAAUUCACAUUUGCCGGCUACGGAGCCCUAGCCUUCACGGAACGCCUUGCCAUCUGGACGCCCAUUGUCAAGACACUCCUGCCCAAGGGUUUCGGUGUCUACAGUGAUCUCCUGAUGAGCCUGGUGGCGGGAACGAUCAACAAAAUGCAGUUCCAGAAUGAUCAGAACGAAGGCUUCCUGGAACUCCUGGACAACAAUACCCUGGACGAUGAUCUGGAGACUGAGUGGCAGCACUUCCUCUCCCAGUGCAUAGAAACAGUCGCACUGAUCGCCGAAGGCAGCCCAGAGCCCGUUCUCGAAAUUGUCCUCAAUGCCUGGAAGGCUUCCUUCGAAGUGUUCCUUGUGAUAGAAAAAGCCAUAAUCAAUGAGUCCAGCAUCUGGACUAGCACUUCCAAAUGUCACUACAUCCACUGUGUCCUCCGCGAUCUCUCAAGUCUCUGUCAAACCCUCUCACGUCUCGUGCCCAUCAUCGAAUCCUGCUCAGAAAGAGUCUCAGAAUUCGUCCUGACCGUAGCCAUCAGCCUCGUGCUGACAGUCAAAUUCCUGGCCACGAAGAAGCCCUACAAGAUGCCAACGUUCAAUGAGGAAAUUCAGUCGGACUUUGCAGAGACUCUGGCUCAAAUGCUGGCUGCUCUCCGCGGAUUGUUGCCCUGGUCGACGGUGCUGAAGUUCGAUGCUUCAGUCAAUUCCCUGAUUGACGUCGUGGUGCAGAUUCUGCUGCCCACGGAAACGCCAGAGCCGAAGAUUGUGACUCUGGCUGCUGCUCAAUUGCUCCUCAGCAUCAGCUCAAUCAUGCGGCCGAAUGGGCUGCAGGAGCAGAGUGGGAUGCUGCAGAUGAUUCAGGCUGGAAGGAACCUUCCGCAUCUCGACAGACAGACUAGUCAACUUGUUUUUCAGUCAAUAUGCAACUGUUUGAUUUUGCCACAUCAGCAAAAUCUUGCUUCCGGCAAUCAGCAGGAAUUUCUAAGUCAACGAGCUCAUCGGCUCAGUGAAUACAUUAAUAGCCUAGCCAAAGAUAUCUUGGCUGUGGCGCCUCAGACUCUCCCAGGGAAAGUCACUGAGAUUGUUGUGUCUUCACUGCCGAUCCUUCGAGAAAUCCUCGAUUACUAUGAAAGUUCAGCGUCGAUGACGAAGCAACUUCUGCUUUCGGCGUUUCGAGGAAUUCUCGAAAAGAGUCUGCAGAUUUACAAUGAAUACUAUUCAACGUGUCCAGACAUUACGGAUGCAGUGCUGUCCUUUGGAUUCAGUGUUAUCCGGACACUGCAGAUUCAAUUGGGAACGGAAUAUGUGAGACAUAUUCUGGGGAUAUUUUUGAAUGCAUGCACGAAGAAUAGUUUUACAGAGUCCAGGAUGAAGUCCACGGAGACUCUGCUGCAGAUUCUGUGUUUGAUUGUCAAGACAUCGGGAGCUGGGGUACUUUUGCCGGCAAUUCUGGAACUGACGCUGGAUCAUUUGGUGCCUUUUCUGGUGCAGGAGAGCAACUGGGCGAGCAAAUCGGACAUCGUGGCGACGCUCUAUGAGCUGUUCGAUGGGAUUUUGAUUAAUCACUGGAACUACUUCUACAAGACAAGCGUCCUGAGACGCCUGAAGACUGAUGCUGAAGUUGGUGGGACUGAAGGAGAGAAGAUACAGCAUGGAGAGAGAUUCUUGGCUAUUUUGACGAUGUAUGGGGAUGCUCUGGUGCAGAAUGAUCCGCACAUCUGUCAGAUUGUCCUGAAGAGUCUGCAGGCUGUUAAUGAGCACUGGAAGUUGUAUCAGAAGGAAGCAUUCCAGACGCACUUGCUGUCAUCAUUCCAGUACACCCUCAUUAAUUGUCUGCUGAUGCCCGAAGGGGCACUGUUCUAUGAUCAACUCAUGCAGACCCUCUUCACAAUGGGCCAAGUCAACAGUCAGACGCUCUAUCGAUCCUUCCUGGCGGCAGGUUUUGCUCCGGAAUCCCAGAUUGUCCGGGACAUUUGUGCUACGUCGGAUCUGCCGACAUUUUCAUUCCAAAUGGGUCACUUGAUUCAAGACACUCGCUGCGGACAGAAUUCCAAGGCAAUCUCUAAGCCGCUUCCGUGAUAAUCCCGGUGAAUCAUUCCUAAAGCCGAUGUGACCCAGAAUCAAUCAACACAACCAGUACUAAGAGUUGGAAGAACUCUGACUUUGCAGAAUCCCAACUAACCAUAAGCUCAUCAGGACUUUUCACAUCACUGGUUCGUGUAUUAGGAAGGCUUUGAGCAAAGACACUUUUUACUUGAAAAUAAAGUCAGUAAUUCCAAACGGAGAAA